UUCGAACUAAUCAGUCGCUGGAAACAUGUUUCCUGAGCACAUAACUGUGUUCAUAUUUGUGGGGUUAUCCUUCGCACAAGGUAUGUCGGUAAAAUUUAACGCGUUCUCGUCGUGGACUUACAAGAAGGAUGAGUCAUGACGUUUUCGCCUUAUGAAAGAAAACAGUUUCUCUUGAAUUACUCUUUCACUUAAUGCGAAGCAACUGAGAAACAUUUAAAUGCUGAGAUCGACCUAUCAGUAGGAUUCUUUGGGAACAUGUUAAAGCGAAGAGCAAACAACGAAAUGUCAAGUUUCCUCCGCUCUACCUUUCGGACAGAAAAGUUAAAGAUCUGAAUACGUUUAUCGUUGGUUUCUGUUGUAGGCAUCCUAAUUUCGAUCUCAGAAGUCAUUUUCCCGUUUUUAUUUUUAGAGAACGUGGAUUUAGUGGAUUUAGUUGUUUUUCAACCUAUAAUAGCUUUGAAGAGGUCAUAGCGACUGAGAAGCAAUGUUAGUUGCAUCUUUUGGUCGCAUAAACGGAACAGUAACUAAUCAUUCUAAAUAGCGCAUCGUUUCAAACUUUGGUUGUCCUCAAUUUCUUUGGUUACCAAAUGUCCUCGACGAAAACCGAUUGGUUGCAUUAUAAAAGAAAACAUUUCUUUAGCCCUAUUCAUUAAAUUGAGUCAGUUACCUUUGGUAUUUAAGAUUUAUCAGAAAAGAGUUGUUGCGGACUCAUUUUACGUUUCACUGUCGCGAGUCUUGACUUUUUUUUCACGGUCAAGUCCCCCACUCUUCACAGUGGGUGGAGAGGGAGGGGUGGCAAAUAACUAAAUUUCAGGACUUUUCUCUAUGAGGAUGUUAGAAAACUUACCAGAUUUUAAUCAGCACCGACACGCUAAAACCUUAUUCUAGAAUAAAGGGUCAUUAAACGUUUCCCAUGGCUCAUCCCAUACCAAAGUUUUUCGAUUAUGUAUGGAGCCUUCCUCGGUUCCUGCUUUACAUUCACGCCACGUGUAUUUGGCGACAUGUAACUGACGUUAUGACGUAAGAGUUAUAGAGUUGCUAUGUAAUGAAAAAAUGAAUGUUUAUGAAAGAGUUAAGUUACAUCUAUUUACUUGACUGAAUGCUAUGUAUAUAUUUAUAUUUACUUGACAUUUGCGUUUGCUUUUGAACGGUUGGCAAUAUAUCACUCGGUAUUAAACGUACUUCGAUCGUAGUAUUGUCAUGAGGCAAGUGCUUGUGCAGCGGCUGACGCAACAUCCUAAAAUAUUCCUACAUUCUUUUUCAGACAAAAUUGUCAAAAAAAUAAAAGGAGAGAUGGUAGCAGAGCUAAGGAAAUUUCAAUAUGUCCUUGGAAUGACAGAAUAUUUUUUGAUUGGUUAAAAUUUUCCUCCGCUGGAAUCCAAAAGCUAUGAAAUGAAUCAUGGAAUAAAUUUAAGAUCAUUAUUUUCUUGUGUUACAUAACUUUGUGUAAACAUAUUUUGUUCUUUUUUCAAAAACUCGCUGGACUGUUUAUAGAUGGCGGCAAUUGGAGUUCGAGAUCGAGAGUUAACAGUUUGGCCAUUAACCCCUUUCGUCUCCUAUGAGUUGUAUUCAUUUUCAACACGUUUCUGAGAAAGAAUCAGGUCUUGUGCAUGUGAACAACAUCUUCUUCUUCUCCCCCCCCUCUUCUCCGUAUUUUCAACCUCCCCCCCUCUCUUCAUCUUUCUCAAAUCUAACCAUUGGUUUGCAGAAGCCCUGGGACAGAAUUCGACUGUUGUAAAGCCAUCACCGACUGCAUCUUACACUAUGGCGCCCAUGUCAUCACAAGCAGCACAACCUACAACAAAAGUACCCACCCACAUCACGCCGACGCAAAGUACCACAGAAAAAGAGACCACCAUACCAACCACAGAAACAAAGCCAAGUAAGCUUAUUUGUCAGUUUCUUGAUGCUUCUAAUCAUUUCUGGGCUUAUUUGUCUGUGAUACUUAAUUCCACGUCGCCUGUUAUGUCAAAGACAAACCAAUCGGCAUUUUCUUUGUAACUUGAGUAUCAGUUUGUGUUGACAAAACGAAUAUUCUUAAAAUUUCUAAGAAUUCUGCUGAGUUUUCUGUCUAAAAAUUUCUUGAAAAGUUGACAAACAAGCUAAGAAUAAACGUAUAAGGCAAUUUUUUUUUAAUGAUAUGAGAGGGCACAUCCCUGAACCUGCACUUUUACUCUGUACCUCCCAGAAGUGAUUAAGGUUAAACUUCUCCCCAUAAUAUCCAAACAUCAUCCAGCAAACAGGCGAUGAGAAUACUCAAACUUAUCAAGUAGAAGUUGUUAUCGUGAUCUAACACCAAAUUCACUCAUAAUUGUUUGAUUUAUGUUUUUCGUAUCCUUUGAGGGCGUGCUAACGUUUGUUCCUUCUUUAGCUUGUGCGAUGAUUAACUUUGUGGCAGACCGAAUGUGGAAUGCAUCCCUUGGAAACUCUACGUCAAAAGAGUCCAAAGCUUUGGAAGACAUGACAUCCAUGGCAGUAAGUCCAUUUACUGGUUUUUGUUUAACCCGACUUCUCAAUCAUUUGUUCGAUGAGAGGAAAUCCACGUUCACGUUUCUUAUUGUGAAGUUUUGUAGCAGAUCAUUCCCUUUGUUUAACCUGACUUCUCAAUCAUUUGUUCGAUAAGAGGGAUUUGACUUUUCACAUUUCUUUAUUGUAGGAAACUAAGAAGGGGUCUAAGUCACAGUUUAGUGAAGUUUUGUGGCAGAUAAUUCCCAAAUCGAAGCUGGAAUAUUUUUGUGCCAAAAAGAGUCACGAAUGGAAGAUUUUUUUCAUCCAUAACUACAGCGAGGAAAGCACGAAAAAGGCCGUAAAGGCUAAUUGGUCAUAAAAAUGUGGCUGAAACUGCUCUUCUCGCGAUUUUCUCAUAAGACUGUUCCUACGAAUGAAUUUGGAGCUCCAACCCAGCUUUAUAAUUCCUCUGUUUGAUGCUCAAUAACCCAGAAAUAUGCUCGCAUUACUUCUCAAUUUUUAGGCACCAAACUUUCGACGGUUUGAUUUCCCUGAUAUUUGUGAAAAACUAGCCAAGCAUGUUAUCGUUUAGAAAAGUAUGUACAGUGGCAGUUGGUUAGAGAGCAGAGGGGAGGGAAGGGGGAAGGGGGGAGGUGGGGCAGGGGCAGGGGGGGUGUGGGGAAGGGAGAAGGGGUAGGGUUGGCGGUUACCGAUAGUAAAUCAUCACGGGCACUAAGGGAAUCGAAGGUGGAACUGAAAAGAAAAUGAAUACAUAUAUGUAAAGGAGAGGUGCUAUUGUUUCAGACUGGAUACACAAGUUUUUAUUUUGCAAUUUGAGUUCGUAUGCCCAAUAUCUGAUUAAUGAGCGUCACAAUGACCUUAACACUCACGUGAUUACUCCUAUCCUGUAGAUGGAAUACCUUUACAAUGAUUCCGAAAAGUACUACAACGUCAAAGUAUCAGAAGUGAAAUUCGUGGAAAAAGACGGCAAAGUUGGCGUGGAAGCGAAAUUAUGCUUGGGUGUGAAGAAAAAUGGUGGUUUGAUCGAGGAGGUGUUUACAGAUAAAUUGAAGACUGGUUUCUUUCAUGAUUUAAAGGUUAUGAGUGAGGGUGCUGAAUUUAAACCCAAAGGUCAGUGUAUAAUGACUAAAGGACUGAAAUGUCUCCCCUGUCGAUCGUUUUGUAAUUGAAUAAUGUGGAUUAGAAAUACUCCUGACCUAAAAUACAGUUUGUCAGUCGACCACACGGAGGUAAAUAGUACUCGUUAAUCUCUCCCGAACUAACAAAUCAGUGCGCGCGAAAAGUACAAUUCACCUGUGUGGUAUGUGCUAAUAAUGGAAAUAAGACAAAAGUAAAACUGAUUUGAAAAGCUAAGACAUAUUUGAAAUGCUGAAUAUAAACUUGGCACGUUAGGAUCUUAGCAGUUUCUCCCUUGCAGUAAGUUUUUGCCUUAGGUGUAUUAAUGCAAAGUUUGUUAAUUAUUGUGUUUUCCCUCUGCUCGCUGAUUUUGAUUCAAAAUGAUGUCACAGGUGUUGACUUCAAGGACUGUAAAGCCAAAAAAGGCGAAUGCGAAAAGUGUAGUGGGGCUGGCGGUAAGAUUACUAUCGAGGGAACAUGUGUGCCGGAGGAGUACAGCUGUGACGGGUUGAAGGUGGAAAAGAUGGCGAAAGACUGCGUAGAAUACUGUGGCACGGGUAAGACGAAAUCCUGUAAAUAGUUGAAAUAGUGACUUAGAUAGUUGAGAUAGUGAUUCCAAUUGACAGGAGUGUUUAAGGAAAUUGUAAAUGGUAUUUGCAAACUUAUUUGGAGAAGCAGUUAAAAUUUCUUUAACCUGGCGCUUUCUACAGAACUUGUGUCUGCAGCGCCUAGUUGACGUCGGAACGCUUUAGAAGUAGUUGUAUUCUCCCCCGGUCAUGUUUCGCGUCCCAGAACCUCUGUGCGUAGUUUCCUUUUGAGGUGCCCAUUAUCUUCUGGCUUAAACAAGAUGAGCAACUUGAAGAAACUGUUUCAUUUGGUUUAUUUUGAGCGCUCACAAGGUACUUCUGGAUGGCUUGUUCUCUCGGAGAGCAGUGAUUCCUUAAUAUUUAAUUGGACGGCUACGAAAUGAUUAUUUUGAGGGAUAAGUCGCUAGGCAUACAUUAAUUAGACAAUCAUUGAUUGCAUUUUACAACUAAGUGACAGCUUUGUGCAGGUUAUGUGUUAUUUUCAAUCGAGUUAAGCGGGUGACUUAAAUUAGCCUUCAGCAGCUUAGCGCUCCUGACCAGACCGAGAUUAUCAUCAUUUAUAUUUAAAAUUUUGAUUUAGAUGUGCUUGAGCGUGAUUAAAAUAAGUUCACAACAAAGUUCUGUUAAGUUAUAUUUUGAAUACUUUAGGAAAAUUUAACGUAUUAGACGUUAUGGACAUGUCAGAUGAGGCCAUUGCAGCACUGAAAUAAAGUUUUAUUAAUUUUUUUUUCUUCAGUGGGCAUAACGGUUUCCCUUCUGGUCCUGGCUUUUGGGAUGUUACUCUCGUUCAGGUAAAGGACGUGUGCGAAGUAAAAACAAGCUUACCUCCAAAAAUCUUGCCUUGAUCUUGUAAAGAGUAAGGAUGACGGGGAGGGGGGGGGGGAAAGGGGCGGUAGGUGAGGAAACAAGCAUUUCAGUUUCUAUUCCUACUUUUCUCUGCUGAUUUUGAUGUGUCCAGCGAAUUUCGGUUACCAUUUACAACACUUUUGAAAUAUCUUGCGCCUUGAUGGUAACUCAACCAUUCAUUUCCCUAGGUAAUUGAGUGUUAACAACUGAGUUGAAAACGUAAAUUGGCCACCGUAAAGGGUAAAAAGCGACAGCCCUUCGUCAGAGCGAUUGGAGGAAUUAUGGGUUGUGUGUGGGUUUAUAUGCAGAAAGUGGAGCUACGCUAUUGGUAGGAAUGAUGGCCACGAGAAAACAGGAAUAAAUUAAUUGAAUGAAAAGCGCUCGCUGAUUCCAUGGAGAUAAGGGUGCCGAUUUGGAAGAUAAAUUUUUGUUCUUGUCUUUUGCGGCUUUCCCAGCUGCCUAGAUGUAAGGAAAGGCCGCAAACUGCCAUAUGCUGUUUAGAGUGAUUAGAGAUAUGAAAGUGUCUAGCGACUGGUUUGGAUGCGUCCUUGUCAUUUCUUUCCACGUCGCGAAGGUGUUCUCGGAAUCUUUCACCCAGUCGUCUUCCUGUUUCGCCAGUGUAUAACUUAUUGCAAUAAGUGCAAGUUAUGCAGUAAAUAACAUUGGCGGAGGUACACGGAAAGUGAUCAGUGAUCUUAAUGGAUCACUUGGGUCCCGAUAUUUUCUCUACGUUAUGAAUGAAGGACACGUUUUGUAUCGUAAGAGAGCACAAUUGAAAGUUUCAGAUUGGUCAUUGGUUUUAAAUGAAUUUCUGACCAAAAAGUUGCCUAUGUUUUUGUCACGUUUGAAUGAAAUAAGUGGGGGUUACGAAAAGAUAGUGCCAGUCUCUGAAUCGUUUUGGAGUAAUUUAACGUUUUUAAGAAUGAUAUAUAGAUUUAACUGUGUGGUGGUGAAAUGUAAGAGUAAAUGGACUGCGGUCAAUGCUUUCCUUCUUAGCCGUUUGUAAUGCUGACUGUCGAUCAAUUUGUUGGGCACGAUGGUGGCCCGCUUGAACGACAGAAACAGGAUAGCCACGUUUAUCGAAAAACUGGCACAUUGCCUCUGAUUUUUCUGAAAAAUCAGAGUCGUCACUACAUAAUCGAUGAAGUCUGAUAACUGUGAAAAGAUAUGGAGUUCUUGACGUGUGAUGGAUGUGAAGAUGAAUACAACAAGUAACUAUGUGAAUCUGUAGGUUAGUAGUAAACACUAGUGCAUAAACUGUUGCCUUCAAUUGAAAUUUGGAUGUUUAGAAAAGCCAAAGAAGUGUCGGAAAUGUCCCAGGUAUAUUUAAGAGCCGGAUGAAAGGAAUUAACGACGGUUAUAAAUUGAGUGAGUUCCUCUGUGGUAGAGGAGGUAGCGCCGAUGCAAUCGUCAAUGAAUCGGACGAAGAGUUUAGGUUUUGGGCCGUGGUAUUGACUAAAAAAAUGGAUGUUCAAUAAAACCUACGAAAAGAUUGGCGUAGCUAGGUCCCAUUUUAGUAUUCAUGGCCACGCCAUUAGUUUGUUUGCAGUAGUUACCACCGAAUGAAAAGCAAUCGAGUGUGAGUACUAGUUCGGUCAAACGGAGUAGUGUUUCAGAGCUAUGUUCCUUGACAGUGCCAUGAUUGCAAAAUUGUUUGAGGGCCCGGAGACCUUCGUCCAGCGCUUUUCAUUCAACUAAUUUAUUCCCAUUUUCUCGGCACCAUAUUCCCACCAAUAGCGUAGCUCCACUCUCUGCAUAUAAACCCACACAACCCACAAUUCCUCCAAUCACUCCGACGAAAGGCUAACGCUCGAAACGUCAGCUUUUUUACUCUUUACGGUGGCCGAUUUACGUUUUCAACUCGGUUGUUAACACUCAAUUACCUGCUAUACUCUCUCACCGACGCAGCACCAAAGUUUCUUUAGAAAUUUACCCCCUUUAUUCAUUUUCCCUAUUGAGUUCUUAAAUAAACAUUAACUUAGAUAAAGAUUUCAGACAAUUUCCGUUUAAUUUAUCUGAGAUACCCUUCCUCCUUUCUUUUCCCUUUUUCUGACAACCUACAUCAGUGGAAUUGGAUUCCCAACAUAUAUGACUUGUAGUAGGAAAACCCUUCGAUCCCUGUUCAACUUGCUUGAUGAAGCAGCAACGCAGGCAUAUUAAAAUUUUUCCGCUUUUUGUUUUGGUUCCACUCUGUUUUUUCAGUUCGCAGUAGGUGCUGAAUGGAUUUGGACAUUGCCAUGGGGAACAUCAGACCUUCAAAACAAGGAAACAAGAUUUCAGUUACUUUCUAGACAGAAAAGUGAUGCAUUAGAAAUCUCACGUAUACCGGACAAUGUAAUGUCGUUCUUAAACUUUUUUGAAAGACUUAACUACCUGUUUUCUAACUGUGAGUCCAUUAAAUGUUUCACAUAUAGAUUCCGUGUUGCCAUACUUCUGUUAAGUAAUAGAUUACAGAUGACGUCAAAAUGUG